AUCGAUGCGGUGGGGAGGAAGAGGGGAGGAGGGAACUUUGGAGGUCAGAGUGAACAGGAGAACACUCUGAACCAGCUGCUGGUGGAGAUGGACGGUUUUAACACGGCUACUAAUGUGGUGGUCCUGGCUGGAACCAACAGACCCGACAUCCUGGAUCCUGCCCUGAUGAGACCGGGUCGCUUUGACAGGCAGAUCUACAUAGGUCCCCCAGACAUCAAGGGCAGGGCGUCCAUCUUUAAGGUCCACCUGCGACCAAUCAAAAUUGACCCCAGCAUGGACAAAGACAUUCUCGCCAGGAAGAUGGCCGCCGCCACCCCGGGAUUCACAGGAGCCGACAUCGCUAACGUCUGCAACGAGGCAGCUCUGAUCGCAGCCAGACACCUGAACCCGUCCGUCAACGGCAAACACUUCGAACAGGCCAUCGACCGGGUCAUCGGAGGUCUGGAGAAGAAGACUCAGGUCCUGCAGCCCACAGAGAAAAAGACCGUAGCGUAUCACGAGGCCGGUCACGCCAUCGUGGGCUGGUUCCUGCAGCACGCAGACCCGCUGCUGAAGGUGUCGAUCAUCCCGCGGGGUAAGGGUCUGGGUUACGCCCAGUACCUGCCCAGAGAGCAGUACCUGUACACCAGGGAGCAGCUGUUCGACAGGAUGUGCAUGAUGCUGGGAGGCCGCGUGGCCGAGCAGGUCUUCUUCGGCAAGAUCACCACCGGAGCUCAGGACGACCUGAAGAAGGUCACACAGUCCGCCUACGCUCAGGUGGUGCAGUUUGGGAUGAGCGACAAGGUGGGGCAGGUGUCGUUCGACCUGCCCCGGCAGGGUGAGAUGGUCAUGGAGAAGCCGUACAGCGAGGCCACGGCCGAGCUGAUUGACGAGGAGGUCCGAGAGCUGGUGGAGCGAGCGUACCAGAGAACCAUGCAGCUCAUUGAGGACAAGAAGGAGCUGGUGGAGAUGGUGGGGAAGCGUCUCCUGGAGAAGGAGGUCCUGGACAAGGCGGACAUGUUGGAGCUGCUGGGCCCACGGCCGUUCGACGAGAAGUCGACGUACGAGGACUUUGUGGAGGGGACGGGGAGCUUCGAGGAGGACACGAGUCUGCCUCAGGGCCUCCGAGACUGGAACCAGGAGAGAGGAGAGGAGGCCGAGGACACGAGCCCGGCUCAGGACAAACAGCAGGCCAUGUAGAGUCCGAAAACUCUGAAGAGAAACAAGCUUUAUAUCCAGCUGCAAAAAAACAACUUAACGCUGACUCGCAGUUUCACAGAGCCUGGGAGGUGUGAGGGGGGAUUUUUAUAAUAUAGAUGACCAGCAGCAAGGUCUCAGUUUCAUCCAGUUUGUCCCCUCAACACUCUCAGAUUUGAUUUUAAUUUUGGACCGAGACAUUUGGGUUUUGUCUGUUCUAAAAAAAGAUGUACAAAAGAGAAAGAAGAGGGAAAAUGAAAUGAUAAUUCCUGCUCUUAAAUUGGUUUAAUUAAGUAAUUUAAGUUUAUUAAUCACCACUUUGAGAGAAUGUUUCUGCCGCCAGGCUCUGCACCAUCUGCACUCAAAUGUAGAAUUUACUUUGAUUCCACUGAGGCUGCGAUCAGUUUGUUUUUUCACCGUUCGGACAGGAAGGCUCCAAAUCGCCUUAAACAGGAGAUAAACAGACUGUUUUUAAUAUUCCUUAAGCGAGUGUACAUGGUGCACAUUUACAACAGGCUGAUUUUUAUUUUUAUUUAUUUAUGCUCCCUGACUGACGAAGUGACUGUCUGAAGAAGUUUUCUGCAGCCAAAUGUUUCGCCGGGUUUAGUGUUCAUGCCUACAACACCAGAGCGACUGUCAGUUUGAGCUCUACGGAGUUUGGAUUUCUUUUAUACAAACACCUAGAUGCUGUAAAAAGAUGUGUAGAUGAUUGUGUACAUUUUGUGUGAUAAUGACUAAACAGGAAGCUGCUACA